UAUCCUCCUUGUGUGUGAGUGUUGUGUGGGUGUGUGUGUGUGUGUGAGUGUUGUGUGGGUGUGGGUGUGUGUGUGAGAGAGAGGGAGACGCUGGGGGCGAGCUCGGCCCCGAUAAGAGAGACAAAGAUCAGAUAUCACAUACAUUAAUCUUUUCCUGUUUGUUUAAUCGCUUUGUUUAGUAGAAGCGAAUCAUUCGUGCCCAAAUGCCAAGUUUUCCAUGCAAAGAGAGCCGAAGGUAGCGACUUCAGCAGCGCCGCCGGCGUCCAUUGGGUCAUUUCUCUGGUACCGGUUGCUAUCAGCUGUGCCGGCGGCGGAUUCUUCUCGUUAUUCGGUGAACGCUGCUGUUCAUGUUAACUAUGGGACAAGAUGUCGUUUUUGAGCGUCAAAAUCAUUCUCAAGCAAGACUGAGGAAUAGAGUUGCUACCGUGCCAAGUCGGAGCAGUAAGAAGGUAGAGGAGAAUGAAAGAAAAAGAUUGCCUGCGAACAGAUACAAGUACCUGAAUAGGUUGGAUGAUGAUUUGAGAGAACUCAAUCGCAGUUAUUCGUCGAGUCUUGAUUAUGAAAGCAUGAACUCCAGAAAGCUCAGUGCUGAUAAUGAAGUGCUAAAAAGAGGAUCCAUGUAUCAAAGCUCUAAAGAAGUCAGGAGAAUGAGAAAGCAACGAGAAGGGAGGAUAAAAGUAGACUCCGGGUGCAAUGAAGAUGCUUUCAUUUCGUUUGAGAUUAUAGAUCACGUGCCUCAGCAUGUUGCUAAUAAAUCUAAUCAGUUUCCAGAUAAGAAAUUUUUGCCUCUUGUGAGUUCGAAUUCAGAUUUAGUUAAUUCGAUAAGCACAAGCUCCACGGAGUUUCUGGAUCUUUCAUUCCGUGAUCUUCUUAACAAGCCUUUUGUUACUGACAAGACUUGCUUAGACUUUGUACCAGCAAAAGGCAGUAGCAUAGAUGAUUUCAUGGAAAUCUGUUUGCAUUCUGUCGACAAACAAACUCCUAGAGAAGUUGUUCCUCGGUUUUUAGAACUGGGUCUGCUCAAGGAUCGAAAGGCUCACUGCUAUGAAAAAAUUCAUCCUGCAGAAAAUACUUUUGAAAGAGAUUCGGCAAACAUUCUUCCAAAAUGCUUCUCAGAAAAUGCAAAAAUGUCACAUGCUUUUUUGGGUUUGGAACACAGCAUAGCUGAUGCAAGAGGAUCAAAAACUAAAUUUAGUCAGCUGAAAAGAAUCUUUGAUCCGAUCUUGAAAUCCAAAUCUUUGCGAGAUUCGUUUCCUGCAGGAACACAAAACACUGGGCUGAAGGCAGCAUUACAGAAAUCUUUACUAAAUGAGAUUUCUACAAAAGAAGAGGAUAUAAAACUUGGUUCAUGUUUGACUCAAGGAGCGUUCUUACAGGCUGCCAUAUCUCCUGCUCAUCUACACGGAAUUCUUAAAUUGGAUAUAGAAAAUGGUCACCCUUCGUUUGAGUUCUCUCUACAAGAUCCAGAAGAAGUCCUAUUGGCAAAGACUUGGAAAACUGCUAGUGCAUUUAAUUGGGUUUACACAUUUCAUAGCUCUAAGAAGAAGAUCAACACUAGUCGGGGGACUGACGACAAGCAUGGAACUUUGCCUCCUUUAGUUGGGCAGAUGCAGGUUUCUUGUUAUCUAUGCUCGGAACUCAGAGAAAAUGGAUCCUUGUUUAACUCGACUGUAACGGAGUUUGUGUUGUAUGACAUUACACGAGCAAGAAGGAAUUUUUCCAUUGAAGAAAGAUCCAAGUGUUGUUCAGAUCCAGCUCAAGCUGUAUCUAGCAAUGUAGUGGAAGAUCUGACACCAGCAGGAGCGCCAGAGAGAAACAAAUCAGCAGAGUACCUGGAUUCAUCCAGACUUGGAUUAAGUAGUUGCAACUCCGAUACUUCAGCCUCUUACCCUUGGUUAUCGAAAGAUUUACAUCCACAACAUGAGAUUGCAGCAAUUGUGAUCCAAGUUCCCUUCAACAAAAAGGAAAAUUCAAUAGAAAAGGAAGAGUUUCGCCCUAAAGGGAACCAAAAAGCAUCUAGAUGUUCCCCAAUUGAUCGGAGAAAGGAAACAAGAAGUCACAUGAAUUAUCCAAUUGUAAAGGUUGUCACUCCAAGUGGGAAUCAUGGCCUUCCUAAUACUGUUGGUGCUGGCCCAUCUUCACUUCUCGACAGAUGGAGGUUUGGUGGAGGCUGUGAUUGCGGUGGCUGGGACAUGGCCUGCCCAAUUAUUGUGUUUGAUAAUCAACAAGGGGAUGAUUGGAUAAACCAUUCAGCAUCGGAAUUUCAAACACCCAUGUCACUUUUUCUUCAGGGAAGCAAGGAAAAUGUACCUGCACUAACGAUAAUGGCCGAUAAAAAAGGGCAAUAUUCAGUCUAUUUUCACGCACAAUUCUCCGCGCAACAAGCAUUUUCAAUCUGCAUUGCCAUAUUACAUUCCUCUGAACUGUCUUCUGCCAUCACUCAGGAGAAGACCAGACAAAGGUUAUAUUCUAAUUCCGUACGGUUGCUCCUCGAGGAAGAAGUGAGGCAUCUGAUUGAAGCCGCUGAAAGCGAAGAGAAAAGAAAAGCAAAAGAGGGAGUAGAACAAAUACCUCCCUUUUUCCUAGACACACCUUUCUCUCCUAUGGGCAGGGUGUAGAUUUAGUCCUCAAAGGUCAAGAAAUUCCCCAAAGCAGCUUGCUAUACACCACUUGAAGACCGGAACCAUAGAUGAAGAUCAGUUGCCUAUUUCAGUCCAUGUAGCAACUGUGUUAGUUCUUGUGCAUUCUCAUAAGUGAUAGAAAAGGAUACGGUGCCAUCUAAAUGAUACUGAUACAUGACCGUAUGCGAUGGAGAAAUAUUGUAAAUCACGAGUGCAGAUGCUAAAUUCAUCGGCAACUCUUUUGCGUCUAAAGGAUUGAUCAGUCGACGACGAGGAUUCAACUAGUGAGAGAAAUCAGGUACAACCACAAAAGCAAUUGAAAUGAAGUGGUUUGUUUGAUCAUGGAGAGUAGUGUAGUUUGAAGUUUGUAUGUAGCUAAUGAUCUAUAAUGAAAAUUUCACUUCGAUCAUGGUUUAUAUUUUUCAUGUA